AUGGAAUGUCUAAAAAAUAGAAAUCCAUCUUCAAAGAAAUUAUUUAUUUCUGAUAUUGGAUACUCAAAGAUAAUUUAAUAUGGAAGAAGAUCUGAAUUUCGUACAGCGCCUUCGAAAUUGUUUUCGUAUUCAUUGGAAUGGCUUCUUUUACCUUCUAUCGCCUUUGGUAUUAUUGCCAUUGUUAUUUAUGCAGCCAUUGAUGGAAAAUCGUGCCUUAUAUAUUCUACUGCUUGCCUUCUUAUGGUAUGCUGUUGAUGUUUUGCCCCAAGGUGUAACAGCGGUAUUGCCCAUCAUAUGGUAUCCAUUAUUUGGCAUAAUGUCUUCGAUGGAAGUAUGCAUGUCCUAUGCCCAAGACAGCCAAAUGGUUUUUAUACUAUCAAAUUAUCUAGCAAUAUCAAUCGUCCACAACAAAUUAGAUCGCUACAUAGCUUUAAGAUUUCUCAAGAAAUUUGGUGUAAAUCCCACAAGGAUCCUUCCAACAUUAAUGAUUCUAACAUUCCUUUUGUCAAUUUUUAUACCGGACGCUUGCGCCUGCUCCCUGAUGAUACCCCUAGCUAAGGCUAUACUUCAAAUUUUAGAUGAAAUAAACGUUUGCAAGCCAAUUGAUAAUUCGAUUCUAUUAAAAGAUGAUGAAACCCCUUAUCCCUCGAAAGUUGCCAAUGCUUUUUACAUUGGCAUUGGAUAUGCGGCAAAUAUUGGGGGCAUGACAACUUUUUGGUCUUCGGAAUCAGGAUAUGAAUUUCAAAAUGUUUAUAAUGAUACCAAUGCCGAAGCAAAUUUAUUUCUAAAAUACAUUAUCACAGCUUUACCUGUGACCAUUUGCUUGCUAAUAUUCACCAUAGUUUACCUAGAAAUCAUAUUUUUGGAUUUGAUGUGGUCAAAAAGUGAACGCAGGAUAACCUAUGAUGACGAAGCAUCUGUUGCAUCGCUAGAUGUUAUUUUAAAUGAUAACAAGCAGGAGAAAUCGGCAUAUGUAGUCGUCACCCUAUGCUUGAUGGUGGCCUUUGUGAUUUUAUUGAUUAUUGUGAAGAUUUUGGAUCAAUUGGGAAAGGAAAACAAGCAUUUAUAUAUAAAAUAUUCGACAUUUUUAAUGUUAAUUUGUCUCAUAGCAUUUGUUUGCCCUGUUGAUUUUUCUUUCUUGAAUUAUUUUAUAUGCCAGAAACCUCCUGUUUACAAAACCUCACCCAGCAUCCUACCUUGGUCCACAAUUCCCAAACAAAUGCCUUGGGGUCAUUUCCUAGUGUAUGGCAGUGGACUAGCCUUUGGAGUUGGCAUUAACAAAGCAAAGGUUUACAAAUAUUUAGCAGAGCAUUUGGUCGAAUCGAAGAGUCUGGUGGAGAAGCAACUUGGAUUUAUGGGAGUUGGCUUACUUUUAAGCACCAUGGGAGCCAACCAUUUGAUAACCAAAUCCAUGAUAUCGCUGGGUAUCAAAGCAUCUUCUUUAAACAACACUGACUCUUCUCUUUUUACCAUACCCAUUACCUUGGCCUGCAGCUUGUCGUUUUUGCUGCCAGUUAGCAGUAUUUCAAAUUGCUUCAGCAGUGGUUGGGGUAAUCUCAGAUCCAGGGAUAUAAUGCUCGCCGGUAUUGGCCCUACUAUUGUUGGCUUCGUUUUGAUAUUCUCUUUCAUGUUCUUGGGAAAUGUGAUGACUAACCUGUUUGAAACAAAGUUGUAAAAUUAAUUAAAACAGAUAUAAAAAUGUAAUGAAUAUUUCGGCAAAAUAUAAAUUUCUUAAAUUUU